CCAUUAUAACCAGGCAGCAUUCUUUCAUUGCGAAAUCCUGGUAUUAUGAACUUUUAUGAUAAUUAAUGUCCUGAAUUUCAGAUAAUGUUCGUAGUUUCGUGCUCAUGUUGUAAUAAAUUAUUCAUCAUAUGCAUAUUAUGCAUGCAAACGAUAUCUGUAUAUAGGGCUUCUAUUUGACUCAUUUGAGCGUGUUCACAAAAUGUCUGAGAGAAUAGCUACACAAAAGCGCCGCUGCCUUGAUACCGUUAUAGAGAUAGCGAAAGGAAACGUUGUGAGAGAUUUCUUAGAAAGCCUCAAGGAUCUUCCACGGCCGGCUGUAGGCUUCGCUGUAAAAGCUGAUCUAAAAAUGUGUACGAACGGUCGAGGAAUUGGCGUAUUCUCAGCCGAAUUUUUACCGGCAGGCACGCGAGUAGAUGUUGAUCGUGAAGAAAUAACUUUCACAAGGGAACAAGCUAUUGAAUUUCUUGAAGCUGUUCCUAAUGACAACGAACGACGCUGGUGGUUGGAACAUAUUUAUUGUUUGGAUGGCUUGAUGAAAAUUGAUAUGGCGGAACUAGAUAUCUCGAUGGUCAAUCAUUCAAAUGAUCCUAACGUAGUUACUAGGGAGAAUGGUCUUGACUAUACAACGAGAGAUGUUAAUAUAGGUGAAGAAUUGACUGAGGAUUAUAAGACGUAUGAUAAAGUAUCGUAUUAUGAGGAAUUAUGUCAGAAGUAUGGUGUCAUUCACUAUUGUAGUGAGUGGACAUAAGCUAUGCAACUCGUAGGAAUUUUUGGAUUACUUAUCUUUUGUUAUAGUUAGGUUCAGACGUCGAACUUUUCAUGCGCCAAAUCAAAUGCAAACAAGAUGCCCGCUAGGCAUUAAACUCGCAUUGCUUGAGUCGAGCUAGGGCUAUGACAAACAAGACGCCUGAUCUGGCGUUAACUCCGGCACACCAGUCUUUAAUAUAGAGCUUCUGAA